CAUCAUGAUCUCCUCCUCUCCAUAAAAGCCCUUCACACUCUCAAAUAAUCAACAAUUAAGCUAACGUAUCACAAAUUAAUACUUCAUUCACGAGAAAUAUCCACUAUCCCUCAUGAAUAUCGAGAAAUAUUCUCGAAAUAUCUCCGAGCCUUCGCUCUCUUUUGUCCCUCAGAGGGAAACGUAACUGAAAAACUCGGCGUAUGGCCGCGUUUCCAACUAUUUAUCGAGAAUAACAAAUCAUCCCGAGAAUUUUUCACUUCUCAACGAUUUUAACUCGAUCCAAUCCCUCGAAGAAUUGUCUCAAUAUUUUUUACAAUUGUUUUUCGUCAGGGAAAAUCGUUGAUACUGUUUGUUGAUACAUGGGAUAAAUAAAGUGGCUGACAGCAGCGCCAGGCGGCACGUGAACAUGUCAAAAAGUUGGGAGGACUUUCUAACCUCGCGACAGCUCCUUUUCGACUCCUGGACUGCUAAACUUUUUGGAGCAUUUUUGUGAAGUUUAUUGUUUCGAAAAACCUUGUUGUGGGGCAUUGUUGACUGUUGUUCGUUUUUUUCGAUUUUUUUUUUGAAAUUUUUGUUCGGGGCAUGGAGACAGUGAGGGAAUGCGGCUGCAAGGGAAUUAGAACGUGCCUGAUUUGCGAAAAAGAGUUCAAUAUUUGUAAACCUGAUCUGUUUAAGGAUCUGCAGGAGCUUCCUAGUUAUGUUUAUUGUCCCCACUGUGACAAAGCAUAUCCCGGAUGGGACGUGAAUAUUUUUAAGGACCACCCCCACCACCAGGGAACUCCACUCUCCUACCCAGGUGUAUUUAUCAAGCUAGAUUUCUUGACGACCAGAGAGGCCGAGCAACUCCUGAUAGACGUGGACAAUUUACCCUGGGACAUAUCUCAGAGUGGACGAAGGAAACAGAAUUACGGGCCCAAGUGCAAUUUCAAGAAGAAAAAACUUCGACUGGGGGACUUCAACGGCUUCCCAAGGACUACCAAGUUUGUUCAGGAAAAAUUCAGUGAUGUCCCUCUGUUAAAGGGCUUCAGGACGAUUGAGCAAUGCAGUUUGGAAUAUACGAGGGAACGAGGAGCCUCGAUAGAUCCUCAUAUCGAUGAUUGCUGGAUCUGGGGAGAGAGAAUUGUUACAGUCAAUGUUCUGGGGGAUUCUGUACUCACUAUGACGAGGUUUCAUGGAGACGAAUGGAAAUAUAAUCGUCACUUAGUUUCUACGUAUCCACCAGUUGUUGACAAGGAUUAUUCCGAUGACGAGAACGUUGGAGACUUUGUUGUGAGACUUCCAAUGCCAGAGAGAUCGUUGAUGGUGUUAUAUGGACCCUCCAGAUAUGACUGGGACCAUUUAGUGUUCCGAGAAGACAUAGACUCCAGAAGAGUUUGCAUAGCCUACCGAGAAUUCACACCACCCUAUUUACCUCCAGGUGAUCACAGUCACGAAACUGUCGAGAUUCUGAAGAAGGCGGAGAAUUUCUGGUGACGUAGUUCCCUGAUCCAUCCACAAAAUUUUAAUUAUGAAUUAUGCAAUCAAUUUUGAAUAUUUAUCAAUCUUCUCUUUUGAGAAUUCCAGAAUAAUCACGGGGAAAAUCAAUUAAAUUUUAACUGUUCAUUUUUGUCAGUGGUAGUAAAUUAAUGUAAAUAUGCAAUGAAAUUAUGUCAGAGUUGUCGAAUUUUUCGUUUAUAUCGUUACUUAUCGAGAGUGCAGAGAGAAAUUGUAUUUUUUUUUAAGUUUCUUGUGAUGAGCGUUAUUUUAUCACUGAAAAUGAGGGAAUCCAGGAUGUAUAAAGUUGUGUAAGCACGUCAAUAAUAAAAAUCGUUGAUAAUU